CAAGGCCGAUAGAAUGUUAGCUUUCCUACGUAGCUACGCUGACGUAAACGGAAGCCAGCAUCACACUUUUUCAAGAUUUUUGACACAAGAAUUGUAACUUCCAACCGGAACUUACCACUGCAGUGUGUUCCAGAGAAACAGGUUCAACCAGCCAAUCGUUUGUUUUGAUUCAUUAUAACACCUGGAAGAUCUGAAGCACAGAGUUUGAGUCUAGCUGACGUGUUGUUUUAUAACGAAAUCCAGAUGGGUUAGUGGUUAGGACGUAUAGCAGGAUUUUGGAAGUAAUUAAUGAUGGAUAUGACCACCAUCAUCGUAGCCUCAGUUUUAGGAACACUAGCGGCGCUAGUGUCGAUGAGUGUGACAUUGUUCCUUUGCUACAUUUACUGCAGGAAGAUUGAGCACAAAAAGACAGCAAGAGAUGAACUAGAAUCACUGCAGUUUGGGAAAUCGCCACCUACAGGUCAAGCAGACGAAGUGAAAGAACUUUCAAGGCAUAACGUGGAGGACCGCAUUCAACAAGGAUUAAUACCAUCCCUGGUGGGACCCUCGGCAUCACAUCCAAUGCUCAUUACCGAAGAUGAGAAAGAGAACACUAGCACCACCAUCCAAGGACCAAUUUCAUUUCUCCACUCUCUUUUACCAUCAGCCGAGCAACAAGAGGAAGCUGCAGACCUCGCUAAUGCCAUGGCUGAACCAGACGAUCCAGCUGGACAAAUACAAUUUAGUCUGGAGUAUAACUUCUCUAAUUCUACCUUGGCCCUAAAGAUUAUACAAGGUAGAGACUUACCUGCCAAGGAUAUCAUAGGAACAAGCGAUCCCUAUGUGAAAGUGUAUCUCUUGCCAGAUAAGAAACACAAGUUGGAAACCAAAGUCAAGCAUAGGACUUUAAAUCCUCGUUGGAAUGAAACACUUUAUUUUGAGGGCUAUCCACUUUAUAAACUUCAGAAAUCCAUUCUCUAUCUACAUGUCUUCGACUAUGACCGCUUCACGCGAGACGAUCCUAUAGGUGAUGUUUAUUUGCCAUUAAGCCAAUUCGAUCUUACUCAGAAGCCAACAUUCUGGAAAUCCAUCAAACCGGCAGAAGACACAAAAUUAGGCGAGAUACUGGUGACACUCAUUUACAUCCCUAGAACAAGUGAGCUGUCCAUUUCUCUUAUCAAGGCAAGGAACUUGAAAGCUAAGGAUAUCAACGGGUCGUCAGAUCCAUACGUUAAGGUGUGGCUUCAUCGAGGAGACAAACGGGUGGAAAAAAAGAAAACUAAGAUCCAUAACCGGACAUUAAAUCCGGUGUUUAACGAAACCUUUCAGUUCAUCGUACCCUGGGAACACAUCCGGGAAACUUACCUGUCCGUAACGGUCAUGGACUUUGACACAAUUGGACGAAACGAGCAUAUUGGAAAGGUCAUCUUAUCCUCCAGGAGCGGGCCCACCGAGUCCAAACACUGGUGUGACAUGCUGGCUAAAGCCAGAACUGCCAUAUCGCAGUGGCACAGACUGAAAGCAUUGUGAAAGCUGGCUUACAAGUAACUAGCUUGGAAUUAGAAUAUAGACUUAUGGAUGUAACAGAUACAAUAGCGUCUUGUAGCUGUGUAAUCUUCAGUCAGUCCAGAGAAUUGGACUUGGUAUGGCAAGAGAAAAGCGUUUCAUCCGUGUGUAGUCGUCUCUGGAUGUAGGUGUUCCUGUUGUGAAACAUUUGUCGUACAGAUGUUAAUGUACUGUAAGUUUUACUGUACAUUGUUUUAAAACAGCAUUUCCAAAAUGGGAUCGUUUAUAGAUAGGUUCAGUAUUUUAAAACCGAAUGUUGUGGGGCAUAUAUGUAGAAUUAAUGGUUUUAAUUAGUGAUUUGCUGGGUGCUUUAUGUUCGAAAUCGUAGUUAUAUUAUAAAGGAACCAAACUUAGCACCUGAAAUAAUUGUUUUUUUAAUGAAUAUUUUAAGAAUCAAACUGAAAGAACGGAGAGACAUUUUUUAAGUAUCAGUUAAUUAUAAAUAUAUAUAAAUAAAGUUUAUGAAAAUAUUAACAUUAAUCUCUAUAGUUCAAUAUACUGAUUUUUGAAAUUUAGGUAAGAAAUAAAACUGCAAAAUUGAAAAUAUAGAAGAUGGAAUGUAAGCAUGAAAUUAUUGGAAAAUUUAAACGGUCAAUUAAAAGUAAUUGUCAAAAUGUAAAAGUGGUAAUAAACACAUAAACAUGUUAAAUUUUGAAGUUUUGCAGUAAAAAGCCUUCGAAAGAAAGAUUUUGACCACAUUAAUAGAUGUAUAAAUUGGGCGUGGUGAAAAAAAAAUGUCAUUUUGUUUAAUAAUCGAUUGCUAGUUACCGAGAUUCAAACACGCAAUGUUUUUAUUUCUAUGUGUAGAAAAAGUAAUAUUUUUACGUACAUUUGCUGCAGUGUAGUAAGAACAGAACACAUUUAACAAACCGUGUCAUACAUGUGCAUUUAUAUUAAUUAUAGCUAUUCUUUCAUUAUGGCCAAUUUGAAUUGGACAAAAAAAAUUGAGUAUCUAACAUUGUGAAAUUUUUUGAAUAUUUUAUUGUUCUGUCAGUUUGUAGGUCCUAAAGUAUCUGUAUUUAUUAAGGGUUUUAAAAAUUAAUUUUUUAUUGUAGUUAUUUUUUCAUAAUGGCCGAUUUGAACUGGGUAAAAAAAAAGGAACUUCAAUAUAUAUAUGAUUGUUCCGUCAUUUUGUAUGUCGUAAAACAUCCGUGUUUAUUAACAGUUUUAAAAAGUAAUUUUUUAUCAUAGGUAUUUUUUCAUAAUGCCCUAUUUGAAUUGGGCAAAAAACGUUGAGUAUCUAGCACUGUGAAUUUUUUUAAAUAUCUGAUUGUUCAGUCCGUUUGUAGAUCAUAAAAUAUUCGUAUUUAUUAAGGGUUUUAAGAAGUCCUUUUUCUAUUAUAGCUAUUCUUUCAUAAUGGUUAAUUUGAAUUGGACAAAAAAA